AUGCCACCAAAAGGCUGGAGAAAGGAUGCGCAAGGGAAUUACCCCACCACCUCUUACAUUAAAGAACAAGAAAACAUAACGAUCCAGGAUCUGUUAUUUCCUAGAAGCGCUAUCGUAAAUUUGGCUCGUGAGGUGCCACAGCAAAGUGGGAAGAAACUACUGAUAAAUAAAGACGCGUCAUUAGCGUUACAGCGUGGUGCUACCGUGUUUGUUAACCACUUGCUCUUGUUUGCGAGAGAAAUCGCUAAAAGCCAAGAUAAAAAAAGCUGCAGUGUAGAUGAUGUUUUGAAUGCUUUGGACCAUAUAGGACAAUCAGCAUUGAAGACCGCAGUUAGAGAUAAACUAGAUGAAUACCAAGCUGCCGUUGAACUAAGAAAAAAGGAAACAUUAGAUAGCGGUGAAGUAGAUGCUGAUGGUGAUAUUGACAUCGGUGGAGGUACGGAGAUCAUGCCUGUGCAACAGAUUAAAGAGCGUGAUGAAAUAGAAGAACAAGGUGAGAUCUCAAAGGGUGUGGAAGAGACUUCUGAAAAGAAACAGAAAAUGGACGACCAAGACGUGGACACUACAGUACGAAACUCUGAGCAGACGUCUGUGGAAUCUAUCCCCUAG